ACGCAGAACAUCACCUGGACUGCCUGCGACUUUCCUUUAAACGACGAAGUACAGGCUACCAAGAUCGUGCGCAUUGUCUUGUUCGCCAUUCUGCCCACGCUAUCCGUAAUCCUCCGAGUCGUCACGAAGUUUGCAAGACUUUCGCCAUGGGGCUGGGAUGACUACACCAUUCUCAUAUCAUACAUCAUUCUACUCGGAUACGUAUCGCUACACUUUUACCUCGAAAAUAAUGGAGCUGGAAAAGACCUCUGGACCUUGAACGAACGUCAGAUCAUGAAUUUCUUCAAGGCUUUCUAUGCUCUCCAAGUCCUCUACCACUCCUGUAUCGACCUGAUCAAAGCCUCUAUUCUUUUCAUGUAUCUCCGAAUCUUCCACCUGCCCGGCGAAAAGGUGCGCAUUGUUCUCUGGGCCACAUUGAUUCUCAAUAUCCUGAAUGGACUCAUCUUCAUCUUUGUUGGCCUAUUUCAAUGCCAGCCCAUAAGCCUGGCUUGGACAUUCUGGACGGGAGAGGCAACGGGGAAGUGCAUUGAUAUUGUGCAGCUCGCCCUCGCACAUGCGGGUAUCAACAUCGCCUUGGAUGUCUGGAUGCUCAUCAUACCGGCGACGCAAAUCUGGAACAUGAAUCUGGCAACAAGGAAGAAGUUUGCCAUCAUGUUCAUGUUUGGGCUCGGCUUAUUCCUUACUGUGGUGUGCUGCUAUCGCAUCACGCAGAUUUUGGAGUUCAAGAAGUACCCAUUGAAUCCGACUGUCGCCAUGAUGCCAAGUGUGAUCUGGUCCGACAUUGAGCUUUAUGUGGGAGUAUUCACAGCCUGCAUACCCAACUUGCGCCAGUUCUUUGUCAGAUUCAUUCUUGGGCAAUCAGAAAAGAAGAAGCGUCUCAGCUCGGCCCUCACAGGAAGCGCCAAUUCGAACAUGACACCCAGGAGUAAGAGGUCUACAUUAUCGCACAAUUUGAGCGAGUUUGAUGACCUGGACAACCUCGAUAUGGAUGACAUAUCGUCGCCCCAGACGCCGUCUAAGCCUCCAAACGUGUAG